AUGGCUACCAAGCUAAGCGUGCUAGCUCUGCUUUUCUCACGUGUCACCAAUAGUGUAACAAUCCGCAACAAUGGAUAUCAAGAGGCCGUCCCAAACGUCACUUUUGCUCCCGAUGCAAGCCGUUGGCCAAGCGGCAUCCAUCUUGCGGUCGAUUAUUAUCCUUCGCAGUGGCCGGAAUGGAUGUGGGAAUCUGACGUGGCGCGAAUGCGCGACAGCAACUUCUCAUAUGUCCGCGUCGGCGAGUUCGACUGGACGGACCUGGAACCUACCGAAGGCCAAUAUAACUUUACUCUCCUCGACAAGACUUUGGAUCUUUUUGGCAAGUACGGAUUGAAGGCGAUCAUUGGCACACCCACUGCGGCCCCUCCAAAUUGGUUGACGGAAAAGUACGAUGCAAGCUUCGUCGAUCGAACCAAUACUACCCUCCUCUUUGGCUCUCGGAGGCAUUACAGCUUCUCCUCAUUCGACUACCGCGUGCAAAGCCAAAAGAUCACACAAAAGCUCGCAGAGCGCUAUGGGAGUCACUCAACUGUCGUUGGUUGGCAAUUGGACAAUGAAUUCGGCUGCCACGAUACAGUGCGCAGCUAUGACCACAACGCUAAAAUUCGAUUUCGAUCAUGGCUGCAAGAAAAAUACGGUACUAUCGAGAAGAUGAACGAUGCGCAAGGUCGUGUCUUCUGGUCUUCGCAAUAUGCUAGCUUCGAUGCUGUCCAGCCCCCCUACCUGGAAGUAUACACGAACAACGAAGCGCACACGCUGGAUUGGUACAAAUUCUCCUCCGAUAUGGUCAUUGAUUUCGCAAAGGAGCAGGUUGCUAUCAUCAGAGAGUACGCUCCAAGCCAUUUUAUCACAACGAAUUUCAUGGUGUUUUUCACAGACUUCGACCAUUACAAGUUCAGUCGCGAAGUCGGGAUCGACCUCGCCACUUUCGACUCCUACGCAUUGGCUGGCAUCGCUGCGGUACCGUUAUCUGAUGCAGAGCUCGCAGGCUAUUCACGCACUGGAUUGCCUGAUUUUCAAGCUUUGAAUCACGCACUCUACCGGGGAAUCUCGGGUGCUGCGUACAACAAGAACUUUGGUCCUUUCGGAGUGAUGGAGAUGCAACCGGGAGUGCUGAAUUGGAACACCUAUCGUGUCUCGCCGUUGGAGGGCAUGGUGCGUCUCUGGACUCACGAGACUUUCGCUGCUGCUGGAGACCUGGUCAACUACUUCCGUUGGCGGCAAGUGCCUUACGCCCAGGAGCAAACGCUUUCUGGUCUAUUUGUCUCCGAUAACUCGGAGGACCAGGGUUAUAUCGAGUCACAAGAAUUUGCUCAAAACGACCUUCCAAAGCUGCGUGCGCAAGGGAUCAGCGAAGAGGGUCAAGCAGAUGUGGCGCUAGUCUUCGACUACACGUCUUACUGGGUGUGGGUCAUCGAGCCACACAGUGGAUCCUGGUCUGUCAAAGACGCUGGCUAUACCAAUCCUGCAUUGACGUACAUCACUUUGAUGUACACAUUCUACUCCUCGUUGCGGCGGCUCGGUCUCAGCAUCGACCUCAUAUCCCCAGAGCAAGCCUUGGAUGGGUACAAAAUGGUAGUGGUGCCGACUCUCCCGAUCAUUCCAGACGCCUUCGAUAAAGCUUUGGCCAAUUUCUCAGGACCGGUCGUUUUUGGACCGCAUACAGGAAGCAGGACGCCCGACUUCGCAUAUCCGCCAGGCCUCACCCCUUCGGCUGGCACCUUGCGAUCACGUUUGCCGAUGCGCGUGACACGUGUGGAAACUCCUCCAGACUAUGCAGGGAGUGGUGUAUCAUACGACGGGACGAAGUACAACAUCACAGCUCGCGAGGAAUGGAUUGAGUGUGUUCGGGAUAACGAAACGAGCAACGUAACCAUCUCGUACACAUCGCCACACCGACCAGGCAAACCCGCUGCUUGUGCCAAGGACAACCUGCACUACCUUGCUUUCAACCCGACAACAGACUUGCUUAUCUCUUACAUUGGUGAUGUGGCUGCUCAGGCUGGAAUCAAGGACGUUAUCGGUCGAGAUGUAGACAAGAAGAAUGACCUUGGUGCCACACUGAGAUUGGUGAAGCGAGGCAAUUUGCUUUGGGCAAUCAACUACGGCUGGGACGCGCAAAGCCACCCUGACGUUGACGGCGACCUGAUCAUCGGCAAGAAAGGCGAUGUGCCCGGCGCCGGAGUUCUGGUCUGGAAGUUGAAGUAG